UUUAUUUUUCACUGUCAUGAAGUUAUAGUAAAUUGUUUAUUAUUUAGUUUAGUAUAUUAAUUAGUCAGAGAUUAUAUUUUCUAUUAUGAAUAAUGUUUUAUUGUAUUAUAACAAAUAUUGGUAAAGUGUAAAGCUGCUAAUAUAGGGAUUAUAACAAAAAUUCACUCGUGUUAUAAUAUGAAUCACCAACCAACUGGAUUUCGCCUUAUGAAAAAGUACGCGAAUUAUGUAUUGCAUUGUAUAAUUGCAUAAUGUUAUCACAAAAUGUAUGACGAUGACAACAUUUCUUGUACUCCAAAGCGGUAUGCGCUUUCCGAAGUCACAAAUUCACCGAAUUAUGUGUCGCCGACAGCUAACCUAAAGUUACUGACUAGUGUCGCAUUGCAAUAUCCUACACCGCCGCCAAGCAUCGUCCACCGCAAAGAAAAGUCUCUGCAAAUACUAUGCGACAGAUUUCUUAGCCUUUUUCCUCUACAUGUAAACAGCAGUCUCGAAAUUCAAUUGGACACUACUGCAGCCCGGUUGGGUGUAGAAAAGCGAAGAAUGUAUGAUAUAAUAAAUAUUUUGGAAGCUAUGCAAUGUGCUGUUCAUAAAAGGAAGAACACAUAUCUGUGGUAUGGUGGAUCAAGGCUGAACUCUUUUUUGAAGACAUUAAAGAAACAAGGAGAGCAUCUGAAACUGUCGGAAGCCCUCCGUGGCAGAGCACCUAAGCCACCUGCUCCUAAACAUAAAACACUGGGAAUCUUAGCUCAACGAUUCCUGAUGCUAUUCUUAGUAGAACCUCCUAACACAUUAAUAAAUCUGGAGAUGGCUGUAAGUGUCUUAAUUGAUACAUCUACUAAAAAUCAGACUGUACUCUCACCUGAACAACAGGAUCGUCAACAUAAGUCCAAAGUCAGGAGGCUGUAUGAUAUAGCCAAUGUAUUUAUUUCAGUUGGUCUCAUAGAAAAGGUAUCUGGCAAUUCAAUAUUAAAGAAGCCAGUGUUUAAGUAUAUAGGGCCAUUUAAAAUUAAGAAAUGUGAUAAGUAUGUCAACGCAUCUAUAUUUGUAACUUCUAAUGUGAUCACUGCCACACCGUCCCCCAUUACUCCGCUUGUACCAGCCGAUAUUCUGAAAACACCGACAUUUCAUGUGUCUGCUGGGAGGUCUAAAAGAAAGUUGGAAUUCACAACUCCAAAUUCCAGCAAAGAACUGAAACUUGGUGUCACCACACCACCCCACACUCCAACACAUAAGUGGGAUGAAAUUUUACUGGUGGCUGACAUGGAACUGACUAAGAUUAAUAAUGGAACACUGUUGUGAUUUAUUAUAAAAAAAUCAUAGUUUUAUACAUAUUUUUGUAUACUUUAUAGUCUUCCAGGGGAUCUAUAAGUCUCAUAUAUUAUUUAAAAUGUUUUAUUUAAUAACAAAAUUACAUAAACUAUGUUCCUAUAGUUAAAUUUAUUGUUAUUUAAAGCAGAAAUUUUAUCAUUGUCCCAGACAAUAAAUUAAAAAGUGCAAUGAAGUAACUGUUAUAUCAUAAAAAAUACCUGUAUUUAUGGGGUUUUUUAUGAUAAUGUAUAAAAUAUAAUGUUUAAAUGAACUUUUGAUUAAUGAUGAUUAUAUUUUAUUGAUUGUUUAUGUGGCAAGUGUCACAAAAUCCUCCAAGUAUAUACAUGUUUAUUCUACAAAUUAAGGAUCAAAAUCAAUGAGUUUUUGAACGGAUCAUAUUGCUGCUGUCAAGACAUUUACAGAAACAUGAAUGAACUGUUAUAAAUGUAUAUUUUUUAUUCAAGCAUUUGUUUGUUCUUAAACUGCCAUUUUUGUUUUUAAUAUCGCAAAAGUGCCAACCUGAUUAGUCAAUUCUGUUUAGUAGGAGUACUUAGUAAGAGGACUUAUUUUUUUUUCUAAUAUAGUAAGGUAAUCUGAUAUUUUCAUUAUGUUCUACUAAAAUAUUAGAAAAAAUUUAAUUAUUACAUGACAGAUGAGGAAAAAUUUAAGAAAUAUUAAUUAAUAUAUAAAUGAAUAAAAUAAGUUUCCUAUUCAAACUGGUUACAUAUGUAAAAUAUAAUUUUGCAACUAGAUGUUACUUGUUCUUAUAGUUUAUGUAUGUAUUGUUGAGUAUUUUAGCGCAUGUUUUGAGUUUGAACUUUUAUUUGCAUUAUAAUGUGUUGGCAUUUCCUGCCUCCUUCAUUUUACAAAUAAAAUAUGUUUUGUUUCUAUCUUAUAUAUGUAUUUGAUAAAAUGCAUAUAUUGUGCAUUCAUAGUACAACCAAAACGGCUGUUCACCUUUUCGCCAAAAUAGUUUUGAAAUCGACCUUCCUUAUCUUUAAAGCCUAGUUUUAAAUUUAUAAUAAAUCUCAGUUAGCAGCAAUAUGAUUAAUAUAUGGAGUAAUCAAUAUAGGAAAAAUUAUACGAAGUAACUUUCUUAUUGUGAAAUGUAAAUAUUUUGUAAAAGCAGAUAAUAUUUAAGUGUUAAAAUGAAAUAACAUGGUAUGUAUACAAAAUAUUAAUGUUAUUUUAUUAUUGGGUUGCCAGUUGUGCUUUAACUGUAUAGCACUUAUAACCAACCCUCAGAGUAUUAUAACUUUGCCCCUGGGAGAGUCCUGGGACUGACUUUAUAUAAGUAACAAUGACAAUUACUUUGACAUAAUAUAUUGUUUUAAUAAUGUUUUCUUAAAACGCAGCUUGUUUAUGUUAUGGUUUUUAGUUCAUUUAGUACACAAUGAAUUUAUGCAUUAAUAAUUAUGUCAGGUUUAUGUAUUUUCACCCUGCAAAGAGUUAUACGCAUGAUUUCCAUUUGGUGUUAUGCAUAAUAAAAUGAACUAUAAAUAGGUUUAUUAAAAUAAAUUAUGCGUAAAGUGAGGAAUAACUCAAUAUUCUUGUUUGACGUAAAAUAUAUACCUAAGUCUAUUUUUUAUCUCUGAAGAUUUAUACUUAUACCUAAAAUUGGUGUAUUAUUAAUGAACAAAUAUUGAACAUUUUAACAAUCAAUGUGAUCCAAGAAGAGAUAGAACAAUAAAUUUAUUAGAGAACUAUAUUUUAAUUUUCGCUGUAUAAUUUGUUUGUAGUUACUAACUGGUCUAUUUUGAAGUCUAAUCUCAAUAUCGAUUUAAAUUCAAUCUAUUUUUGUGCGUUUAUUUGGAACAUUAAUGAAAACUAAACCGAAUAAAUAGAUAACAGUGUUACUUAGUUCAUUUAUUAAACACGAAAUAUGGAAUAUAAUAUUGCUAGUGUAUACAAAGGAAAUACGUGAAAAGCGAAACUAUACAAAACAUUGUCGUUCUAAAUUAGAAUCAUUGUCAGUGUAGGCCAGUUGUUGGCGGAUUAGCUCAUAUUUUUCCAUGCCUAUGAAUACAUGUUUGCUAAACGAUCCAUGAUGUUUGUAUGAAUGCAGCCUGUCUUCCAAACUCUAAUAGAGUGAAAAUACAAGUUUUAUAAUGUAAAAGAUUUAUGACAAGUUGCUUUAUUAUUUACUAUUUGUUUUAAGCUCUAGGUCUAUU